AUGCCCCGGGUGGGGUGCCAGCACAAUGGGGUGUCUAUCCCCAUGCCCCCCCUCGACGUCCUCCGGGUCGGAGAACGGAUGCAGUACAAGAACGAAGAAAAACUCUUCCUCGUCCUAUUCUUCGACAACAAACGCAGCUGGUGAGACAUAUCUUCUCUGUUCUUCUCCAUUACUAAAUGCUAUGAAAGGGACUUUUUGAUGUUCUUGCUAGCAACAUUUGCAAUAUUAAAAGUGUUAUUUCAAUACAUGCUGUGAAUUUUCAUAGACAACCAACAGACAACACAGAGAACUCAAAUUUGUAUUAGAAGUUUUAAAUGUUUGCAGAUUUGUAUCAGAAGAAAUGUAGCUGUGAAUUUGAUUUAAUUCUUCUCUCUUCUCAGGCAAUGGCUUCCUAAGUCUAAGAUGGUCCCUCUGGGGAUAGAGAAGACCAUCGACAAGAUCAAGAUGAUGGAGGGCAGAACGUCCAGCAUCCGUAAGGCUGUUCAGACGGCCUUCAAACGUGCCAUGAACCACCUUAGCAUCGUCCAGGACGAACCUGUCAGUGACAUGAGCGAUGUGGACUAACACACACACACACACACACGCACUUACUCUCCAUUACUUACACACACACAUACACACACACACACACAACCCUGAAUUACUGCUAAUGGCCUUGUCCCGGACCUGAGCCUGGCCUACGCUCCUUCCUUCUCCUCUUCGUCAGUCUUUCCAGAGGUCUAUGCUGGCUGUGUUUACCAGGUGCCUGGCUACCCCCCUGGCUUGGUAUGGUACCCCCUUCCUCGUCAGCCCCCGCCCGCUGGUCUGACGGCUGCUGCUUUAAUGAAUGUGCCCGAGUUAACCUCCUAUCUACCUUUCUCCAUGGUCGUGUUCAUGAGUCACCAAAUGGAAGAACACGAAUUGAAACCGGGAGGGUUACAUGGACUUGCCCAAUAAGAAACGCUCAUUUCCGUUUUCUGUUCCAAAACAUUUUGAUAUGUUUCCUGUUGUGUUCCAUAAUGAACAUGAACCCAUGCCUGUGCUGCAAGACUGCUGCCAUGAUCCUCCUUCCCUAUGCCCUAUGACCAUGCCACUGCCAAGAUGGCUGCUUCUUUCUCACCUCACUCAUCUCACCAUACGCCAUUUAUUUCCACCUAAAACUACCUACUAUGUAUUUAAAUUAACUCUGUAAAUAACGGCAAUAUUUGUCUGACACACUAAGUUAUUUUGUAGAUUGAAAGAAAUUGGUACUGUACCAUGGAUUUUCUUAUUGGUAUUUAUAAUAUUUGGUGAAUUAUGUAAGCACUACGGUGUGGUAUUUCCAAGUGCUGUGAAAAUAAGACCAGUGUAAAAAGCCUUAGCAGUGUAAAAUAAUGGGGCUAAAACAAACUUUUUUUUCCGAAAGUAUUUCCUUUAAAAAAUAUUUAAUUUUUUAAGUUAUUGGAGUUUAUAAAAUAUAAGCUUCUCUUUGGCAUUAGUCCUUUUGUAAUCGCAUUUUUUUAAACGAUAGUUUUACUAUAUUUUUGUUCGUACAUAUUUAUAUGAUUGAAUAUAUAUAUAUCUCUAUACUUCAGAUGCUCACAUGUUGGGAAGUAUUUUGUUGUUAUGGAAACCGAAAGUGCGGCGUUCUCAAGAAACCAAAAAACUUGCUGCCCAGAUUAUUUUAUACUUUGAUUUGUUACAAAUGUAUUUUUUACAUCAUGGAUUUGACUGUUACUUACGUCUAGGACCUUUAUUGUAGACAUAGGAAGAUGUGCCUGUUGUUAUUUAUUGUAAAAUAUUUGCAUUACUUUAUAUUUGGAGAAUCGUGUAAGAGUAUAUAGUGGUUAUUGGCUCAUUUUGUGGUGAAUCCUUGGGUUGCGUUUUUUCUUAGUUACUUCUGGGUAAUUUUGACGGUUUAGACUUCACAACAUUCUUUUUUAUGUUAUUUUUCUGGGUAGCAUUUGGUCGUUUUGGAUACUUCCUUUUAUACUUAGUAGAUUUCUUUUUUUUUAUCAGGUCUAUUGCUGGGACUGUUUCCUUCCUUUUUAUCAAGACACAGAUAAAAAAAAGACAAUGAUAUAAAAUCAAUAUGAGCAAUGUCAUAAUUUAUUAUGAUACAAUCUAUCUUUCAACAGUACUGUACACGUUACUGAUGACAUGCCUCUUUCAUUUUACAGUGGGGAAAAAAAGUAUUUAGUCAGCCACCAAUUGUGCAAGUUCUCCCACUUAAAAAGAUGAGAGAGGACUGUAAUUUUCAUCAUAGGUACACGUCAACUAUGACAGACAAAAUGAGGAAAAAAAAUCCAGAAAAUCACAUUGUAGGAUUUUUAAUGAAUUUAUUUGCAAAUUAUGGUGGAAAAUAAGUAUUUGGUCAAUAACAAAAGUUUCUCAAUACUUUGUUAUAUACCCUUUGUUGGCAAUGACACAGGUCAAACGUUUUCUGUAAGUCUUCACAAGGUUUUCACACACUGUUGCUGGUAUUUUGGCCCAUUCCUCCAUGCAGAUCUCCUCUAGAGCAGUGAUGUUUUGGGGCUGUCGCUGGGCAACACGGACUUUCAAAUCCCUCCAAAGAUUUUCUAUGGGGUUGAGAUCUGUAGACUGGCUAGGCCACUCCAGGACCUUGAAAUGCUUCUUACGAAGCCACUCCUUCGUUGCCCGGGCGGUGUGUUUGGGAUCAUUGUCAUGCUGAAAGACCCAGCCACGUUUCAUCUUCAAUGCCCUUGCUGAUGGAAGGAGGUUUUCACUCAAAAUCUCACGAUACAUGGCCCCAUUCAUUCUUUCCUUUACACGGAUCAGUCGUCCUGGUCCCUUUGCAGAAAAACAGCCCCAAAGCAUGAUGUUUCCACCCCCAUGCUUCACAGUAGGUAUGGUGUUCUAUGGAUGCAACUCAGCAUUCUUUGUCCUCCAAAUACGACGAGUUGAGUUUUUACCAAAAAGUUCUAUUUUGGUUUCAUCUGACCAUAUGACAUUCUCCCAAUCCUCUUCUGGAUCAUCCAAAUGCACUCUAGCAAACUUCAGACGGGCCUGGACAUGUACUGGCUUAAGCAGGGGGACACGUCUGGCACUGCAGGAUUUGAGUCCCUGGCGGCGUAGUGUGUUACUGAUGGUAGGCUUUGUUACUUUGGUCCCAGCUCUCUGCAGGUCAUUCACUAGGUCCCCCCGUGUGGUUCUGGGAUUUUUGCUCACCGUUCUUGUGAUCAUUUUGACCCCAUGGGGUGAGAUCUUGCGUGGAGCCCCAGAUCGAGGGAGAUUAUCAGUGGUCUUGUAUGUCUUCCAUUUCCUAAUAAUUGCUCCCACAGUUGAUUUCUUCAAACCAAGCUGCUUACCUAUUGCAGAUGCAGUCUUCCCAGCCUGGUGCAGGUCUACAAUUUUGUUUCUGGUGUCCUUUGACAGCUCUUUGGUCUUGGCCAUAGUGGAGUUUGGAGUGUGACUGUUUGAGGUUGUGGACAGGUGUCUUUUAUACUGAUAACAAGUUCAAACAGGUGCCAUUAAUACAGGUAACGAGUGGAGGACAGAGGAGCCUCUUAAAGAAGAAGUUACAGGUCUGUGAGAGCCAGAAAUCUUGCUUGUUUGUAGGUGACCAAAUACUUAUUUUCCAGCAUAAUUUGCAAAUAAAUUCAUUAAAAAUCCUACAAUGUGAUUUUCUGGAUUUAUUUUUCUAAUUUUGUCUGUCAUAGUUGACGUGUACCUAUGAUGAAAAUUACAGGCCUCUCUCAUCUUUUUAAGUGGGAGAACUUACACAAUUGGUGGCUGACUAAAUACUUUUUUUCCCCAUUUGUCAUUUUUUAAAACAUUUUAGUCACUUUCAGCAGUAUUGACGGCCAGAGAUCACAUAUGGACCAGCUCAGGAGCGACACCAGACUGAAGAAGGAUGAUAUUGCGUCUGCAAUGGAGGACAGGCAGCUUUGGAAGACCCACUUUCUGUCCUGUCAACCCCAGAUGACCAGACGAUGCUUGCUUACCUGACUAUUAUGCAAGGUUAGAAUCGGACAGUAAUGCCUUGUUUGAAUACUGUUAAAAUUCCCUCCUUUUUAAAUUCAUUGAGGGAAUAACGGAUCCUGCACAAUCUAAUACAGUAGGUGGAGUAAAAGGAAUGAGCGGCCCGCAUGCGGAAUAGUACCGCUCCCCAGCGCUUUAUUCCUGCACCCAAAUCAACAUUGUUUCGACUUCAAAGAAGUCUUUGUCAGGUGAGUGCAUGCAGGUGAGUACAUAUAGGAGGUGCAGGCAAUGGCUAUACUAGCUUUCACAGAUCCAAUUAUUUUGAGAUCAGCGAUAACUUCAAGGAAGAAGGGAGGCAGGAUGCUCAUUCAAACAGACGGUUCAUCUCAAUAAUAUUUCCUUUCUCCUCAAAUGUGCACUCGUUCACUACUUACCACAAAUCUAAAAGCAUUGGAUUUGUGGAGGCAUGUGAUAUUGUGCAUUUCCAAGGGUCUCUCGCUUGAUUCAUAUAGGAUGUCAUUCUAAGACUGUUCACAUAGGGGCGCUGUGGCUCCAUAAAAAAUGAGAAGGCAUGAUCCCUGGCAAAAGACAGAUCCCUCAAUCAACUAUGUUAGGUGUGCUGGAGAAUCGGCUUGUUUAACGUGCAGCUUGUACAAAUAGCAGACAGUCAACAGAUGGUAUACCCACCCAUUGGAAAUAUUUUAUUAUUAAUGAUAGAAUAUUUUUUUUAUCACUUGUUUUCUUUGGUGCAAAUAAAUAAAUAAAAAUACCACUAUAACUGAGGUUUCGUCCCAGAUGGCACCCUAUUCCCUACAUCAAAUCAAAGUUUAUUUGUCACUUGUACAUGAUACAACAGGACGACGUAGGGUAUAGGGUGCCAUUUAGAAUGCAGACUGAGGCUUACUCUACUCUCAGAUCAUACUACACAGAUGAAUCCAGGUGUAGUCAUAGGGUAUAUAAUAGAAACCAUAAUAUAGCUUUAUGAUAUGUAUAUUUUAAUUAAGACACUGCAAUAGUGUGCAUGGAUUUCACAUAAUAUAAUAUGCCAUUUAGCAGAUGCUUUUAUCCAAAGCGACAUAUAGUUAUGCGUGCAUACAUUUUACUUAUGGGUGGUCCCGGGAAUCGAACCCACUACUCUGGCGUUACAAGCGCCAUGCUCUACCAACUGAGGACAACAUGUUCAGAGAAAAUAUAGAUUUUUUACCACAGAGUGAAAGAGCACAGUAUUAACCUAUAGUUUUAUGGCGGGUUUUAUGGUAUUUUUAUGCAAUAUGAAAUAUAAGUUGCCGGAGACAUUGAGGACAGAGGCAUAUUCCUCCAACCUCCUAAUCAUCAGGUUGCACAGUGAGACCUCUUCACUCAGUCCCCAACCAUCAACAAUCAGAUGCUAAUUGUGUAGGGAAGUAAACAACACAACAGCAAGCACUCAGGUGGAGAGAGAGAAGACGGGUGAGUCAAGCGUGAAUAUCAAUCUCCCACAUCAGUGUCAUCAAAUGACUUUGACAGAGUUAAGAGCCCUCUAAUUAGCCUAGUGGCAUGUGGCGCAGCAUGCAUGCACACACACACAAAGAGAAGCACUCUCUCUCUCUCACACACACACACCUUACCGCAUGCUGCCGAGCAUGGCAGGGCCUGGGGCUCGGCGUGCGUGACAUCACCCUGCCUGAUACGUUGAUAGGAUGGCAUGGAGGCAGCCAGCAGGUGAGACCAUAGUGACAACUAGAGAAGAAGAGGAUGGGAGGGGAUGAAUGCAUAAUCUCACCAACACACAGAUUUGUCACCAACCUGGGUUAGGGAGGAAUAGGAAAUGUCGGUGGUGUUAUGCACGCAUAUGAAGCACACACACACACACACUUUUUGAUUUAUGUCAAAAUUCUGCAGCCGAACAACACUCAAAUUGAUGAGAGGAAUCUCUCCUCAGGAACAUUUGUGACAAGAAGAAAACGGUAUGAGGUGGGGGGCAUUGUAGCACAUUUAAAUGAAUGUAUAUUUAAAAACCGCAUCUCUUGCAUAAACAUUAACACACAAACAGUCCUGAGAAACUCUGGCAAAUAUUCAACAUUAUCCCCCCAAUAUAUUCCUCCUUCUCCACCCAAUAGGCCCGUUCUCCAGUGGCUAUGGUGAAAACACUAGCUAGGCCACAUAGGGGCCCUAGGUAGAUUAAUAUAAAUAUUUAUGCACCGUGCUUAAACAUACCACAGAGGGGAAAUAUAAUUUGAGUGUUUCCAAGGUAAGCCAAACAAACAACUUCAAAAGAAUAUAAAUGCAAGUUUUAUAAUUUAAUUCGGUCAUACAUUACAUUUCUAUGCGGCCAUGCAUGUUGGAACUGGCUGCUGCUAGUAGCUAGCUAAUAAAUAUUUAAUAACUUUACUUGAUGACCUGAUUACUAUAGUCUGUCUCUGAUUGUGUUCCAAAUGGAACCCUAUUCCUUUUAUAGUGCGCUACUUUUGACCGGGCCCAUAGAGUAGUAGUGCACUAUAUAGGGAAUAGGGUGCCAUUUGGAAUGCUACCUCUUUCUCUGAAUGUCAGAGAACAGCUGAGAAUUAUUGGCAGGUAAGUAAAUAAAUUCAACUGUGAUUAAUAUUAUUCUACAAAUGUCAUGGGAUGAAAGGAGUAAACUGGCUUGAAUAAUAACAGAUCAUGGUGCCUCCAUUGAUCCAAUGGGGGCAUUAUUCCAUGACUCUCUCUUUUUGUCAUAUUGUAGCGAGCCAUAGUAUGUAUCUGAACAGUAGAUACCUCAUUGAGAGGUUUGGGCCUCUGGUGUAACGGCUUGGAUGUUGCUCUGGCAAACUUCAUGUUGUUCAGAAAAAACGUUAAUGUCCUCGAGUCAGUUCAUUUUGCAGCAGUCAAAGUACAUAUAGACAAGAUCACAUAUUAAAAUGUAAAACACAACAACAGCAAAAAUAAACAAAUAUUACAGAAUAUUUACAAAUAAGUCGGCAGGAUAGUGCAAAGGUCUAAAAAUGUCUGAGUAAGCUGGGCCUAUAUUUGCAUGUCAAAGUGCUUACUGCUUAAAGUGUAUAUUAGUCCAACAUCUUGUACAUCUGAGGUAUUGCACUUGGAAUGAAACAAUUUCUGCCUCUGUUGGUUUUUACUUUUGGCUGCCUGUACCUGCGGCCAGAGAGGAUGGAAUUCGGGGUGAACUGGAUGGGAAGAGUCUGAUGCGAUUUUACUCGCUUUCUGCAGGGCUCUGCCCAGAUAGACAUAUAUAGGUCUAUAGCACCUUUAUUAACAGUCAUUCAGUGGUCCAAGGUGUUAAUGCCUAUGUGUAGCAUCCCCCUUAUCUCUCAAAUUACAAGCGUGCGGAAGUGGGUGUGUGUGUGUGUGUGUGUGAGAGUGUGUGCAUUUCCGUGUGUGUGUGAUAGUGUUAAUGCUUAUGUGCAAGUGUGUGUUUAGUACCCAACCUGUAGGGGCUCUUCUCACAUGUCCUUUCAUCAAACACAGCAGCAGCAUGGUGAUCAGCCAAUUACCUGUGAAUGUCGUGCUUCAUUCUGCACAGGAAGCUGUGGGACCUGGCUUCAUGGAGAGAGAGAGAGAGGGAGAGAGGCUGUGUCCCAAAUGGCACCCUAUUCCUUAUAUAGUGCACUAUGUAAGGGAUAGAGUGCUAUUUGGGACGCAGACGGAGCCUUUGAAGUGAAGGAUAAUUACUUGUGUAGUUAUUAAGAUAAUUAGCUAAAGUCCAGCUCUAAAGUAAAUAGACUUGUUAAUGCUUUUUGACUGUGUUUCGAUUUGAAAGGUAAAAACCUAAUCAAACAUUGACUCGUCGUUGCUUUUGGGUGGGUGUGUGUCAUGUAUCUGUGUGUUUGUAAUGUGUGUCCACAUAUGUGUUGGAUUUGGCACACAGUAGUGUUCUCAGUGCGGCGUAAUCUUGUUCCCAAUGUUUGAUUGGCUGCGGUACAGUGCCUGGUGCGGGGACGUGGAUGAUGGGUCGGAGAUGUGUGUCUACUUGCAUUUAUGCAUGCUUCAUCCCUUGCCUGUGUAUGCGUGUGCGCACAUUUGUUUUCGUGUGUGUACGUGUUUGUCCAUACAUGCGAACGUGAGUUUGCACUCUUCAUCUCUUGCUCCUAAAAUAGAAACUCCCCCUCCACCACCACCAGUAGUCUCAUCAACAUUCCUCUCUCUGUUCCAAGGGCAGCCAGUGUAGUGCUGCUACUGAGUGACGGGGCUUAAUGUGCAACUAGCCACAAUUGGAUUUGCCAGAGGCCCUGUUCUGUAAGAAUUAUUAGAGUUACACUCUUUUCUUUUCCAUCCCCCCUCUUCUUCUCUUUCUAUCAAACAGAAACAGAAUUACCUCUCUGAGAGCAUGAAUAGUGUAGGAUUUCUGUCUCUAGAUCUGUGUCACAGUGUGAGGUGUCUUUGUGGAGAGCUGCAUAUGUCUUUGCAGGGGUGGACAGACAGGGAGUGUAGGGGCAAGUUGGGGAUUAUGUGUAAGUAUAAGUAAAGGAGUAUGUGUGUGUGUGUGUGUGUGUGUGUGUGUAUGUAUUCAUGCGCUUGUGUGUGCGCAUGCACAUUCCUGUGUGAAAAUAAUAUAUCAUAUAUGCCAUGUGUGUGUUUUGUGUGCACUACCAGUUGGCGUGUGUCUAUACCUGCGUUUAUACAUAUGUGUGGCACUGCGUGCCUGUUUAUACCCGUGCAGAGGCGAUUAUAGACAGUGACGCACCUGCAGUCACUGAGACAUCAUCAUUUUCAUCAUCCCUGCUUGGUUUUUCCAGAGUAAUCUGGCUUCUCCACUCAUGUUUCUUGCUUCAAAGGAGUGAACAAAUGAAAUGAAAUGUUGAAAUGUGUCAGGCUUGUCACAGAACCCAAUCACAGCAUGAGUUUAUUCAAAAUGCUUUUAAGAGCUCAAUUCUAUCUAUUCAAUCAUACUCUGAAGUGCAGGGUGAAGUUUGUAAACAAAGACACUGCAUAAACAUUGCUAUGGUGGGUUUGAUUGAAGUCCAAUAUGAAGGCAACAAACCUCUCUACAAUCACCUUUAAAUGGGAUCAUGUCAAUAUACAGCGCAUUUGGAAAGUAUUUAGACCCCUUGACAUUUUCCACAUUUUGUUACGUUACAGCCGUACUCCAACCUGACAGUGCUUGAGAGGAUCUGCAGAGAAGAAUGGGAGAAACUCCCCAAAUACAGGUGUGCCAAGCUUGUAGCGUCAUACCCAAAAGACUCAAGUCUGUAAUCGCUGCCAAAGGUACUUUGUCAUUAUGGGGAAUUGUGUGUAGAUUGAUGGGGGGGGGGGGGGAACAAUUUAAUCAAUUUUAGAAUAAGGAUGUAACGUAGCAAAAUGUGGAAAACGUCAAGGGGUCUGAAUACUUUCCGAAUGCAAUGUAUAUCCACUGAGCCUCUUUCCAAAUGUAUCAUGCAUGGCUGGUGGGAUCUGUCACUAUUGCCUCCCUGUGCCUGCUUAUCCCCAUCACUCAUUGCUGCAGUGGCACUAAAACACACACUGCUUCCAAUUUUAACAGAGAGAGGGGGGAAGGAGGGAGGGGGAGGGAGGGCAGGAGAAAGGGAAUGAGGGAGAUAGAGAGAGUUUAGUUUAGUUUAAUAGGAUCCCCAUUAGCUACUGCACAUGAAAAGAAAAGAAGGAAGCCUGUACAGAAUAAUAUUCCAAAACAUGCAUCCUGUUUGCAACAAGGCACUAAAGUAAUACUGCAAAAAAUGUGGCAAAACAAUUAACUUUCUGUCCUGAAUACAAAGUGUUAUGUUUGGGGCAAAUCCAAUUCAACACAUGACUGAGUACCACUCUCCAUAUUUUCAAGAAUAGUGGUGGCUGUAUCAUGUUAUGGGUAUGCUUGUAAUCGUCAAGGACUGGAGAAUUUUUCAGUAUAAAAAAUAAACGGACAGGCAAAAUCCUAGAGGAAAACCUGGUUCAGUCUGCUUUCCACCAGACACUGGGAGAUGAAUUCACCUUUCAGCAGGACAAUAACUUAAAACACAAGGCCAAAUCUACACUGGAGUUGCUUACCAAGAAGACAGGGAUUGUUCCUGAGUGGAAAUGAUCAACAACCUAUUUGACAGAGCUUGAAGAAUUUUGAAAAGAAUAAUGGGCAAAUAUUGUACAAUCCAGGUGUGCAAAGCUCUUCGACACUUACCCAGAAAGACUCAUAGCUGUAAUUGCUGCCAAAUGUUAUUCUUUUAAAAGCUUCUCUAAAAAUCAUAUAAAUCAGAAUUAAACAGCAGUUGGACUGAUCCUACAGCCUUCUUACACUCAACAACCCUGAAGCAAUUGUCAGCAGACAAAAAAUAAUCACUAAAAACAGAGAUCACCCAAAAAGAAAAUGUAGACACUGUUAAAACAUUCGCGCGGAGAAAAGCACCAGGAAUGGUUUUACAUCUUCCUAAGUCUGAGGGUGGUUUUAACCUUCCAGACAUGGAAUUGUAUCAACUCGCCACCCAAGGCUUUUACUUGCACUAAAGAGGAACAAUGAGUACAUAUUGAAGAUGCACAUGCUCAUCCCUUAAUCUUUUCACAUGUCGAUUUUCAAAUGAUAAAGCUAAGAACAUUAACAACUUCAUAGUUAAGAACACUAUAACGAUAUGGAACAAAAUGAAACAAGAACCAAUAUCACUCCUUAAAAACACAGCCCUAUGGAACAAAUCUUUGGAUAGCUUUUCAGAAUUCAGCGAUAAAUUGGCCCACAUGGAAAACUAAAGGCAUAGAAACUGUAAAUUACUUGGUAAUAGGAAAUACAUUUAUUUAUUUUGGACUGACCAAUGUAGAUAUUUUCAAAUACAUGCAACUUAAAAGUUUCAUAUCACGAAAUUUCGAUUUGAAAUCUUCUGGACAUCAGAGAAAUCUUGAGGGAAUCCUAUUUUCUGUCAGAAGUAUUACAAUGUAAAUGAACUUUUAAUCCGCCUGUCUGCAUAUUUCAAGACAUGGCAUAUGAGGGUGCAGUUAGAUAGCCGAUGGGUUGGACGAUACUUUUCUUGUCAAUUAUCUUGAAAAAAUGCAUACUUAAAAACUGGAAAUCAACCAAUCCUCCAUCGUUAACACAAUGGAAACCUCAAAUGCUUUAUUAUUUAAAUGUUGAUGCUUUAUUAUCUAAAAGUUGAAAGUGCAUGGGCGACGGAGCGAAACAAAACAGUUUGAGGACAGUGAUGCUGGAGGUGGGGGGUGUGAGCAUUGAUGUUUGAGUGCAUUUGUAUGUUGUUUGUAUGUGUAUUUUCUUCUAUUGUUGAAAAAAAAAGUAUAUCUCCCCCCAGCUUUGCCAAAAGUGUGCAAAGCUGUCAUCAAGGCAAAGGGUGGCUAUUUGUAGAAUCUCAAAUAUAAAAUAUAUUUUGAAUUAACACUUUUUUGGCUACUACAUGAUUCCAUAUGUGUUAUUUCAUAGUUUUGAUGUCUUCACUAUUAUUCUACAAUGUAGAAAGUAGUUAAAUUAAAGAAAAACCCUUGAAUGAGUAGGUGUUCUAAAACUUUUUCUAUAGAUGUUAUAUCCUUGUAUUCAUACUGCUGUAUUAUCAAAGGUGCUUUCUAAGUGAGUCACAGAAAUUGCUAUUAUAUUCAUAUUAUCUAAGAUUAGCAAAUUACUAAUCUCAUAUUUAUAUGUGCUAAUUUUAACCACUUUCCUGUGUAGCUUAUCUAAAACUGAACUCAUAAUGAUAAUAAAUUGUGCUUCUAAAAAUUAUAUUUCUGAUAAUAACAAAUAAAUAAUUAAUGGAUUUUUGAGCAGAUUAUGUUCAGCAGAUGCCUUGGUUUAGCUCUGCUGCAGCAGGUUGCUCUAUUCUUCAUGCCACUUCUGUGUAGCUGUCUUGCUGACUGUUGGUCUCUUCUGAUUGUGGUGUUGUGCUGUUAGCGUGAGGGGGUGCUGUCCACUCUGGAAGGGGACCGAUGGUGCAGGGUGGUGUUGGCCACUCUGGAAGGGGCCUGCUGGUGUAGGGUGGAGCUGGCCUCUAGAUGUGGCCAGAUGGUGCAGGGUGGUGUUAGCUGUUCUGGAUGGAGCCCGAUGGUGUAA